GAGAGAGAGAGAGAGACUUCAGAGUGAUGGGAGCGGGCUGAGCAAGCAGCAGCGAGUCAUCACUCUCCGAGCUGCUAAUGACAGGCAGACAGAUGUGAAGGAUGGCGUCUUGCUCAGAGAUCUGUGGGUCUGAGUACGGCGAGCAAGCCCAAGUCAGCGGGAACUACCAGCAGUACGGUGUCCGCUCCUACUUACACCAGUUUUAUGAGGAGUGCACAGCUUCCAUCUGGGAACGUGAUGAAGAUUUUCAGAUUCAGAGAUCGCCUAGCAGGUGGAGCUCUUUAUUCUGGAAGGUCUGUCUCGUGUUUGGCACUGUGAUCCUUUUUGCUGGCCUGAUUGUCAUCAUGGUGGGCUAUGCUACUCCGGCUAGGAUUGAAGCAUUUGGUGAAGAGGAUCUCCUAUUUGUGGACAGCCAGGCAGUCAGUUUCAACCAUGCACUGGAUGUUUGCAAACUGACUGGGGCUGUACUAUUCUGUGUGGGAGGCACGUCAAUGGCUGUUGGUCUCCUGCUGUCUGCUUUUGCCAAAAGCUACUCCAAAGAGGAAUUAUAUCUACAGCAAAAGUUUAAAGAAAGGCUGGCAGAUUUGCAUUCAACAGUUGGUACACCCAUAAUGAGAGCACCAACUCCCGGGGAAGGAAAGGUGCCAGUUACACUUUCCAAAGUCCAGAACAUCCAGCCGGUAACCCCAAAAACAGAGACCUGACAACAGUCUGGCUCAAAGGGGUUUACAAAUAGUGUGUGAAUGAGGAGUAGUGGGAUUCAGAUUAUUGGUGAGUGCAUACCAUAGGUCCAUAAAUGCAGAGAUGUAUAAAUGCUCCUAAAAGGUCAGCUUACGUGACUGAUAAUGUCACUUUCCUCAUUAUGUUUGACAUAUUUCAAUAUCAGGAUUAGAGGCAGAACAGACAAAACAAGGGAAGUUUAAUGUGCGCCGGCUCUCAGACAUCCUUACACAACACAUAAAGGUUGUGAGCACUACCCACGCAAAAAAAAUAAGAAGACAAACAAAGCAACCCAAGAACAAAUCAAUAGAACACAGCCGCUGAACAAGCUAACAUUUUUCUUUUAAGUGGCGUCACAUCGUGUAGAGCUGCUGCUGGGGGGGAGCAGAACAGCAGCAGGCAUUAUUGACGAUUAGCUUUCAUUUUAACAAUGGUCACUAAACACAUAAAAACGUCAGAGCUGCACAAAAUUCAGUAGUAGACUACCCAGGCGUUCGACUCAUUAAAUCACUGACAUUAAACGUUUUACAUUUAAAAAAUAGGGUAUGCAGGUCUUACUGUAUGUUAGCUCAUUUAGAACAGGGGUGUCAAAUUUGCGACCAGCAGGCCUUUUGCGGCUGAUAAAUAUAUUAUAAAUAUUUCCUAGGUGAUUUGAGUUUGAGACCCUUGACUUAGAAUCAUUGGAGCAAAUUAGACAAGCUAAACAUAACAGCACCCUUACAGUACAAUUCUCACAUUUUCAUUAUUUUCUUUAGUAAUAUCUGACUGGAUUAGUAAGACCAGGCAACCUGAUGAAAGACAUAGGAGAUGAGACCAAACAUGCACAGCAGCACAGAUUGUCUAUAAAAAACACAUAUUUCAACACAUCUCUCUAGAUUAAGCAUAAACAUUCAAUAACAUUUUUGAGAAAAGUGUUUAUUUAGCAUGCACUUUGUUGCACCCGAUUGCACACAAUUCGGGGGUUAAUCAAAACAGCUUUAGGGUUCUAAAAUAAAAGCAAUAGUCAUGGACCACCAACGCAAAAUUAAUCUCAAGCUGGUAGAAAACACAUGUUCCUUUGAAGAGCAGAACAUAAAGUACACCAGUCGCAUGGUGUUGCUUGAAAACACACAUAUACACAUGCACAAUUGUUUGAGAUUUGAUGAACAGAUUCAGAUGAGCAGCUAACUACAAUAAUCUGUGGCAUAAAUUUUGAAUACAUUUGUCUACUUAAUCAUAAAAAAAUUUACAGACAGAGAAAACCUUUAAAAUACAAGUAGAGUGGAAAAAGAAAUUGCUUCUAUAUUAAAGCUACUGUCAUAUACUGUAUAUAUCUGAUUUAUGACACCAAAAGACUUCUAAGGUUUGCGAAUAAAUAGAUAUGAUCAAAAUAAUCUCACAGAGAUCCCAGAACCAUUUUCAGAGUUAAUGAGCAAGCCAAUUACGUGAUCCGUGACGUAGCGUUAGGAACUACAGAACCCUUCCCUAUCAACAACAAUGCUAAUCAAGCAGACUUUGUGAGAGCCAACAACAAUUACUUUGAGAAAUGUUAUGAUCCAGAAUCUUAUAUUUUUGAGCUCAAACACAAAAAGGAUGAGCAAUAAGUUUAAGAAGGCAAGUGCUGGACUAAUUAAGUUAAAGUUAAAGUACCAAUGAUUGUCACACACACACUAGGUGUGGUGAGAUUAUCCUCUGCAUUUGACCCAUCACUUUUUUGAAACACUUUAGCAUCAAAAAAAUUGCUCUGCACUAAACAUACAAACUAACCAUAAUAAACCAAAAUAAAACAAACACGUAUUGUAAGAUUUACACUCUCGCUGGGAUGCCGACCGACAGGACGCAUGCAUAAUCCCAUUUGGAUGAAGACUUUAUCACAUUCCUCAUAAAAGGUUAAGAAAGUUGCAGUAACUAGCAUCUUUUUGUGUCUUUUCAACAUCUCGUGGGCUGUCAAAGUUGUCCAGCCUCUUGGUUUAUGGCCACAUGUGUUUACUACCAAGUGAGAGAUGCAUGAAACAUAUUCUUUGUCACAAACAUGCUAAAUGUUUGAGAUGAAGCAGAAGCAGCCACCGGCUCGGUGUGUGAACAAUAGCAGCGCAAACUAGCAUUAGCUCACUGCUAUCAAUGCACUGCUAAAAUAGGCGGUCUGGAUUGAUGCUUUUAAUGACAACAUCUCUCAUAUUUGGUAAAUUUUCAUAUCGCAAUAUAUAAAUGGAAUAUUGUUAGCGGUUUCUGGCUGUUUUCUUGAGGGUAUAAUGGUCACAAUAGAGGACCCUCGUUCUGUUGACUCAAUUAUUAGCUAUUUAUUCAUGAUUUCGAAUGCAUAAAAAAAAGCCAAAUGUAUGUGUUCUUGUCUUACAUCAGGAUUGUGAAUGAUAAACAGCACAUUUCUUUCCAAUUUGUGUGUAUGUCCAGUAUGACUGAUCUGAUAAUAUGGUGAGAGUGCAGAAGCGUUCCUAUCAUCACAUAGAAUUUACGGAAUUUGUCGAAGAUAUUCGGAGCGGAAUAUUAAAAAUGGCCGACUGAAUUUGUGGCAUUUUGUAAUGUUUAUAUAGUAUUUUCACAUUCUUUGCGGAUUGUAAAUAACAUUGGAUAUGGUUUAAUAGAUACAAUGAAAUAUAAUUAAGUAUAUGAAGUCAACUUGUUUUCCCACUCUACUGGUACUUUAAUGUCGAAUGCCUCUGAAGUUGUACAAUUUAGAAAUGACUAAGACUGUCUUGAAUUAUCUCACACACACCUCUAAUAUAUCAUACAAAGAGUCAAAUUAAACAUUGACCAUCUUUUGUAAAAAACAUGUGUUUGGCUUUAGAGUUUCCAAAUAAAUUGCUCUUAAUUAUAAGAGGUUCCACUGUAUAAUAUUGGUCGGAAAUGCAAGGACAUACGUGUUACAUGUUUUCUGUGAGUUGUUGGCAAAUGCUAAAUUACGCUAUUUUUAGAACAGAUUGAGCAAUACUGCUUUUUAGUAAAGAAAAACAGUGUUCUCUUUUGCUUGUUUUCAUCUUUCGCAUCACUGGUGCAGGUACCUCCAGCAAACCUUCAUUAGCAAUGAAAAUGUCCAUGUAAGUUGACCUUUUACUAACAUUCCUGCUGCUACUUCCACCCUUUCUUUUUCACUCACUAAAGUCAAUGUUGUUUUCACACAAAACACAAAGCUAAUGAUAUUAAAUAUGCCAAUGUUUAAUAUUUCAAAUGUUACCCAAUCAGGCAUAAACUGCAAUUUUACUGUUCAAGACCAUAAACUAAGGGUUGUUCUAACACCUUCCCAUUGUAGUCAAAGUGUUAGCGUGUGAUCAAUAAAUGUGCUCUCUCGUAGUUCCAUGCUGUGCAUUGUGUUUGGUUUUAUCCGUUCAUUGACCAAAUCUGAAUUCCAUAUUAAACAUAUUUUUGCUCCUACUAUCAACAAAUAUAUUAGGUUUAUUCUUGUAAUUUACUUAGACAUUCAGAGAGUCUCAUGAUGUACUGUAACUGUGCAUUUUCCAGUAGGGAAUUUAAAAUGCAUAAAUAACAACUGAAAUUAAGAAAAGUUUACAAAUAUCCAUAAUGCAGUACAGUAUGUCUAUUUUCAAACAUAAUAAAGGUGGAAUAUUUGCUGACCAA